AUGAUUGUUUCUCCAUUGGUGGUAUCCCAUUAUGCUCAAAACAUGCACACAGAGGUUCAGCUAAACCUUGCGCCACCCGCUGGAGGUGGCGGCGGCGGCUUUUUUGCUUCGGGUUUAUUCCGAAGUCGACAACCUUCAAGGCCUCGUGCCUACUCCAUGCUACCUUUAACAAAUUCUACAAGUCAGGAUGAAAUAGGACAAGAGAGGAAGCUCACAUCUGCUCAUAAGAAGCAUAGCAAGGGUCGCAAGCCACCGCCUCAACAAAAGUAUUAUCCACUUUCUCAGGAAGACACCCUUGAACUCCUUCUUCUCCUUAAUCAAGUGUUUAUCGCUAGCGAUGCCGACAUCGUGCGACGAAUGGCAUCGGCUACACGCGCCACGUGCCCACCACCAUUAAGGCGACCAUCGCAUCCUCCCUGUGAAAUUUUCAAUUCUAUUAUGGCGCCGAUCUCAGUGAAAUCGCAAAAUCGCCGAUUCUCGACACUGGUUACAGUAUCCGAACGAGUUGUCUUACGAGAUGUUUCAAAAUCCCAAAUUACAGAAAAUCUAAGAUUCUCUUAA